ACACCCUUUGGCUUGUCUCGCCCCUCAGAGGAGGAUGAAUGUGCAGUCAGAGCGCCAUGUUGAACGCUGUGGGUGUCACACACACACACACACAAGCCCAGCACACUAACACUAACGCUCACAUCAGCACACACCUCGACCGUGUCUUAGAAAAUAAAGUUUCUAUAUCUCUCACACGAGUAGUUUGUACUUAUGCCGGGUGUUACCCCUGGUCAUCAUCGGCACAGGAGGUUUGGUAAUGGAGGAAUUCAUCGAGCUGGCUUCCUUCACUCUGUGGAAAUGGUUUUAACAGGCACAGAGUAACACAGAGAAACUGUUCAAACGGAGAACGUGUGUUCGAACUAUUACACAACAGACUUUUUUUUUUUUUAAGCAAAACUGAGUUUAUUUUCAAUUCUCAAGGAUUUUAACACUACACGCCAUCAUGCCAAGCUCAACUAUUCGGAGACAGAUGAAAAAUGUGGUAAAUAACUAUUCAGAGCCGGAGAAGAAGGUCAGGGAAGCGACUUCCAAUGACCCAUGGGGCCCCUCCAGUUCUCUGAUGUCAGAGAUUGCUGACCUCACUUACAAUGUGGUGGCCUUUUCGGAGAUAAUGACCAUGAUUUGGAAGAGGCUGAAUGACCACGGAAAGAACUGGCGGCAUGUGUACAAGGCCCUGACGCUGCUGGACUACCUGAUCAAAACGGGCUCCGAGCGAGUGGCCCUGCAGUGCAAAGAGAACAUCUUUGCCAUACAGACGCUCAAAGAUUUCCAGUAUAUCGAUCGGGAUGGCAAAGACCAGGGCAUCAACGUCAGAGAGAAGUCGAAGCAGCUGGUUGUGCUGCUGAAGGAUGACGACCGUCUGAAGGGUGAACGCUCUCAGGCCCUGAAGACUAAGGAGCGCAUGGCACAGGUGGCCACCAGUGUGGACAGCAACAAUCAGAUCAGCUUCGGCCGUGGCUCCAGCCAGCCCAACCUCUCCACCAGCUACUCAGAGGAGUAUGGCAAGUCUGAGGGCUCACCUGCAUCAUAUCAUGGAUCCACAUCUCCCAAUGCAUCUUCAGAGUUGGAGCAAGCCAGACCUCAGACGAGUGGAGAAGAGGAGCUACAGUUGCAACUGGCUCUUGCCAUGAGCCGAGAGGCCGCCGAGCAGAUAACCCAGCCGGGUGUGGUAGCAGUGCAGUGCUUGAAUGAUAAUGUCAUCGUAUGUGUGUUUUGUUUGUUUUUAGCCACAUCUCCCAAUGCAUCUUCAGAGUUGGAGCAAGCCAGACCUCAGACGAGUGGAGAAGAGGAGCUACAGUUGCAACUGGCUCUUGCCAUGAGCCGAGAGGCCGCCGAGCAGGAGGAGAGGAUGCGUCGUGGGGAUGACCUACGGCUCCAGAUGGCUCUGGAUGAAAGCCGCAAAGACUCCAACACAGGGAAAAUAGCCAAGAAGAAGAAAGAGCCUCCACAGUCUUCUCUGAUGGAUUUGAUGGAAACGGUUCCCAAGGGCCCUGCCGAUCAAACAUCGGACCCUUGGGGAGCAGGAGCUGCAGCAGCAGGCCCCGCCUCAGACCCCUGGCAGUCCUAUGGUGCAGCCCCUAAGCCAGCUGCUCCUGUGGAUCCCUGGGGUCUUCCUAGUGCCUCUUCCUCAGUUGCUCCUCUGAAAAGCAGUGACCCCUGGGGGUCGACCCCGGGUCCUGCAGCUGCUGAUCCCUGGAGCUCAAUGCCUGCCACCCGCCCCAAAGCCCCUGCCACAGUGUGUAGCUUUGAUCUUUUCUCCACACCAAAUGGUACUUCCAGGGAGGACCUCUCUGAGUUUGACAGUCUUCGCUACUCAGCAGUGACAGGUGAUGGUAGAGGAAGCUCUGCCUUGCCAUCGCAGACCAGUUUGUCUGUAGGCUCUGAUCUGUUUGACGUACCGAGUGGCCCAACCAGAAAAACUCCAGAGUCUUUCCUGGGUCCCAAUGCCGCGCUUGUCAACCUAGACUCUCUGGUCACCAAACUUCCCCAGCAGGCUCCAGUCUCCAACCCCUUCCUCGCUGGAGUCUCGGGAGCAGCUUCAGCUCCUGCAGCACAGGUCAACCCCUUCCAGGUGAACCAGCCACAGCCACCCACCCUCAACCAGAUGAGAGUCAGUCCCAUGAUGGGCCUGAGCGGACAGGGCUUCAGCAUGGGCCAUAGAAGCAACGAGCCCUUGCCUCUGUCCUCAAUGCCCCCAGCCGGCCCCGUCUCAAUGGUACCCAUGGCCGGCAUGGCUCCUCUCGGGCCCGUGGGCCAGAUGCCAAACAUGGGGAUCCCAGCCUCCAUGUCCAUGCCCCAGCCGCUCAUGAGCGGAGGGCUGCCGCCCACAGGCGCAGCAACACAAGCCGGCGGCACAACCAACCCCUUCUUAUUGUGAGGAACAACAUUUACCUCCCCGAAACCCACACGAAUCUCUCUCUCAUCCCCGUUCCUAUGGCAUAGACAACGUAGUCUGUUGUGUUCCCCCAAACCUGUGUGCUAUUUUGAGACUUUUGGGAGUAGCAGUGGUGUUUACAGGUUUUACACUGGCAGGCGAUUCCCUUCCUCUCCUGUCAGAAAUUGGUACCAUACGACGAUUUGGUAUUCUUUUCUAAAUGUCCUCAAAAGAAACCAUCAGCGAUACAGCGUCUAGGAGAUUUUCUUCCCGGGAGCAACCUUCCUGUUUUUAACUUCUUUUUUUUGAUGGCUUACUUUUCUUAUCAGAGGCCUGAAACUAGGAGUACUGGUUCGUCUUAAUUUUUCUAAUUUCUAGUCUUUGAAAGCAGCGUGCUAGAUAAAGCUAACCCUUUUAAUCUAAGCAGCCUGUACGUUCUACGCAGUGCAUAUACACUGUGUAUUUACAGUACGCUUAAGUAGACUAUCUAUCAGUUUACAUGGAAAUGAUUUUGAUGUUCUAAGCAGGGAUUUUGCACAUGCUCUGAUUUAUCUUCUUUUGACUGUCGGCCCACCGUUAGUCCUUAGCGCGAGAAGCGAUGGGAAACCAUUCACUAAGACACGAGCAAAGCCGAGGACUAGGAGGGAGUCCGCGAACUGCAUGUGUGAAUGGUUUCAAACCUGAUGCCUUGAAAGAUGAAUUUCAUACUGAAGUGGAGUUGUUCUUUCUUCCUUUUCUUUUGUAAUGCAUGACGGGGAGUUGGUUUGCAUAUCACAAUACAGCUCAACUUUUAUACUGAAGCCUGUUUUUUACUGCUUUACAAUCCCGAGACGUUGUUUAUUGGGUGAAUGGGUUCUUUCAAUUAAGUACGGCUCACUAUUUGCACAGUACAGCUCCAUAUUCGACAGAUAAUCCAUACUAAUGAUUAGUAUUCAUCCGCUUCUCUGUGAGUAUCCAACAAUCUGAAAUGUGAUCAUUUCAGUAACGUUUUUAUUUUUAAUUUAUGUAUGCGUGCGUAUGGAAGGAGCAAAGGGAAACGGGAGGAAAUGGGUGUUGGUAUAUCUUCAUCAGGUCCUAAUGCAUCUUACUGUUAUAACCGACAGCUGUAUAACUAAUCACUGCUUCCUAAUGCAAUCUGUUCAUGCACGUCGGGAAAAAAGCCAAGCGUGUAUCAGAGCUUGCCUUUAACAAAAUCCUCAGUUCUGUAUUCGAAGCUAACUUGCUUAUAGUGUUACAAGAAUGAGUGGACAUGCUAAGACAGGUUAUAGUGUGGGAGGAGUCUUGUAAUAGAUUGUAUGAUUGAUUGCUUUUUUUGUUUGUUUGUUGAAUAUGUGGUAUACAUGUAUGUUAGGGGUCAUAUGCAUCUUUCUACAGCUAGAAACCUGUGGUUGAUUUGCAUUUUGUAUUCAUACAUUUAUUUUGGCCAUGGUUUUAUCAUUAAAUGAGACUUAGACUAGACUAUGAAUUGUUAAUCACAAUUAGCAGUCCAUUUAAAGCGAGAACGCCUAGACCUCGGUGUUUCGUGUGGCUUGCUGUGUCUACACUUUUAAUUCAACCAGUUAAGCACAAGAUGGCGAUGUUUGCCACCAAUAGUAGUUACCAAAGUGACAUUGCUUGUCGUUUUUAAAUGCAGAGCUGCGGUCAUUUUUAAACUGACUACACAUUUAUCUCUCUUCAGUUGUUCCCCAGUUAUUAUCAUUAUUAUUCCUGCUUUUUUUGAUUACGGCUAGAUUAUUGACUCUACGGUUUCUCUCAUCUGUGAGCUAGUGACCUCUGCUGGAAAUAUUGUGGUAGUACUGCCCAUGUGCAGCCUUGUAGCAUAUCCUGGGUGUUAUGGUCAAUAAUCUGCAGGCAUACUCAGGCAUUUUGGGGGGUGGGGGUGGCUAAGACAGCUUUAAGAGGUAUGUAAUGCGCUUUUGAUGGCCGUGAUGGUUAAGGCAGGCACAGAUCCUGCUAAACAAGACUCCCUGCUAGUGAACAUCACUGUACUCGAUUAUGCAGACUAGUUUUACUUUUGAAUCCACACGAUAUCUAGCUCAUUUCGUCUCGACCAUCUUGUUUUGCUGUUACCGUGUAUCACCUGUUCUUCUGUUAUUAUGUACUCAUUAUGCAUUUAUUGUGGAGGACUAACCUUGUGAACAUGCAUAACAUUUUAUUUUUCCAUGUUAGUGUGUCUGUGUCUUUACCAAACUGUCUCGUAUUACUGGGAGCAGGCUGCUUUUAUAGAUAUGUGCUCAACUUGUUGGCAUUAUGACUGUAUAAUAUAAUUUAUCAUCUGUUCUAUUGUAACAUAUUGUUGUGUACCUUAUUUCUGUGUAAUGGUUUUGUAGGAAAGUCACAGGAGGAGUGAGAUGUUUUAUUGCCAUCUAAACAGCAGCAAGUGAUUAAGGACCUGUAGCUGCAGUGGUAAAACAAAUAAAUUGUAUCAAUGA